GUACAGUAAUGCACGAUCUCACCUAUCACAUUGACGGUUCAAGAGCGGAGAUGGGGACUCGGGGUUACGUAGUUAUUAAAUGGAGGUAUCGGACGUACCUACCUCCACGGGUUGGUUGGUUGGCUUUGGGACAAACCAACAACCGCUACAAACAUGAUAGAAUGUUUCCCAACAGUCGAAGCUGGGAAGUAUCAGGUACUGAGCUCGGGGGCCGGAGAUAGGAAUGAAGGGAAGGUUGUUGGGUAUAUAAAGUCCUGUUUUUCCUUUCUUUUGGUUUGUAUCUUGCUACUUACUGUAACUAACAUUGACGUGUUUACUGGUUCAGUUGAAGCUUGAAAGGGAGAUUUAUAUAUUUUUUAUAAAGUGAGAGGGAUAAUCUUUUUGUUAAGAGGAAGAAAGAAAGAAAGCAAUGCCUCUACCCUUCGAAGGAAAAACAGCUCUCAUCACUGGCGGAUCAAAAGGUAUCGGCCUAGCCAUCUCCCACCACCUCUCCUCCCUCGGCGCAAGAGUCAUAAUUAACUAUGCCUCUUCAUCAUCCGCGGCCGACGCAGCAGUCUCCUCGUAUGUUUUCUCCCUUCCAAUUCUCCCCUUUCAGUACUCCUCUAUCCCCAUCCUCAUCUCAUAUCCCCUUAUUAUAAUUUGACCCAACUGACCAGCCCAGAAUCGGUCCCGACAAAGCCCUAGCCAUCCAAGCAGACGUCUCCUCCAUGACCGAUCUCGACCGCCUCGUCAAAGAGUCUCUCGCGUGGUCCGGCGGCAAGAUCGAUAUUUUAGUGAAUUGCGCGGCCAUAUUAAAGCCUGCCGAGUUGGAAGGGGUUACAGAAGCGGAUUACGAUCAGGUUUUUGGGUUGAAUGUUAAGGGGGUUGUGUUUUUGACGCAGGUCCGUACUCUCUUUCUCUUUCUCUUUCUCUUUCUCUUUCUCUUUCUCUUUCUCUUUCUCUCUGAAUCUUCUGUCCAUGUUUUGUGGGGGGAGUGGAUAUUUUGAUGCACUCAUACGGGUUCAUCAACCCAUCAACUCCUACACAAUCUCGCAAAAUGUUCACCCUCCUCCUCAUACAUCACAAACCAAGAACGAAACAAGAAAACUAACGUCAAAACCAAACAAACAGAAAACAGCCCCCCACAUGCCUUCUAACUCCCGCAUAAUCCUCUUCUCCACAACCCAAGCACACGCCUCCACCGUCACAGGCCCCUCCCUACCUAAUCUACGCAAAGGCGCAAUCGAACAAAUGACCCGCGUCCUCUCCAAAGAUCUAGCCAGGAAAGGAAUAACCGUUAACGUAAAUUUUUCCUUUUUCCCUCUAUCCCUUUCUCCUUUUCCCCCUUUCCUCCCUCCAUCCCUUCCCCUCACCCUCACACCCCACCUCUCAAUCCCAAAUCUAACACCAAGCCUACAACCAGUGUAUCGCCCCGGGACCCACAGCAACAGACAUGUUCUUCGCAGGGAAAUCCGAGAGUCUCCUGAAGAUGCUCGCUUCUCUCAACCCGCAGAACCGGAUCGGGGAGCCCUCGGAGAUCGCGAGUGUAGUGGGGUUUCUGUGUGGGGAGGGGGCGAAGUGGGUUACGGAACNAGAUGCUCGCUUCUCUCAACCCGCAGAACCGGAUCGGGGAGCCCUCGGAGAUCGCGAGUGUAGUGGGGUUUCUGUGUGGGGAGGGGGCGAAGUGGGUUACGGAACAGACGUUGAAUGUUAAUGGGGGGACGGCUUGAUUUGGAUGUUAGGGG